AUGCGUGUUUUAACUUUGUUGUCUCUCCUUUGCCUGAUUGCUGCCGGCUAUUGCCAGAGCCACGAUUUAGCUGUGGGUCAGGCUACCUACGGUGACGUCAUAAUUUACAGAGUUAACGAAUAUAAAUACGGCUUUCCUCUUGUUGUACGCACCAGCAUACUUGAAUAUCCUGAACCAGGGCAGCACAACUUCGCUUAUAUUCGAGCGAUAUAUAUCAAGGAUCACUACAAUGAUGGAAAUGGUGGCUAUCCAACAAUAUCUGCUGGUGGUGUAGGACAGAGAUUCGUAAAAAUCAAGUUGAAGAGCCAAAGAAGUCACGGAUUCAACUUCACUGUGACCAUCUACGGAAGAUACUAA